UAGCUUCAAUUGACUCAUGCUUUCUACUAUUUAAAUAUUUGUUGCUUAAAAAUGAAUUUAAGUUCAUGUCGAAUAACUUUCAAAACCGAGCGAAUGUAUAACAGGAAUUUUCAGAAUACAGUAGAAUAGCACACUGAAAUUAACGAAUGUUAAACCAAACGAUUAUCAUAUCGAAUUAAUCAAUGAUCUUGCUCUUCUCCGUUUCAUAUCAAUAGUCAGUUUUAUUUACAGCAUAACAUUGUGACUUAUCAAGUGCUAGUUUAUGUACUUGACUAUAUCUGAAUGUGAGGAGUAACAAUAUUACUUAGAUAUCCAAAAGGAAUUCGGUAUAUUGAAUUAUAAACUGUAGACAAAUGGUUGAAAGCCAGGUGCUCUAACCAUUAAGCUACUACUUCAUUAUUCACACUACGCGUACAUUUCACAGCCAUGGACUGAAGGGAUUAAGGUCUAUACCUGGUAACAAGUUUCCUGUCUUUCAAACUGCUAAUAAUCUAUUCCCAUCUACUUCAAGUUGUUAAUUUACCAAACUCCUGAUAUUUUUUAUGUAUAGGAUCAUAAUGAGUCAUAAUAGGAUUCUAACUUGCAGAUUAAGUGUAGUAACAGUUGCUGCUACGCUGUUCACUGCCACGUUAAUACUUCAGCCAGUAAUCAUCAUAUAUAAUUACUCAUCUAUAGCCAAGCGUGUUCCUAAAUCAAUUGAUAUAGCUUAUGUAAACACGAUCCCUGGAAAUAUCACAUUAACUCGUGACUGGAGUUUCGAUCCUACUUUUCCAAAAGAACAAUACAAUUUGUCAACAUCUAAUAACAUACAUCGAAUAUUCAUAAUUCCUGCAUUUUCUUCUGGUUCUGAUGAUUUGGAGUAUCCAAUGGUGGUAGAUAUGCCAAAACUAGUUGGACAGGUUCUUUCAAACUUGACUGUAACAUCUAGUCCAAUAAAUGAUCCAAAAUUUCCAAUACUUAUGAGCGAACAUCAGAAGUGUAACAACAUUCUCUUAACAACAGGAGAAGCUCCAGAACUAAUAAUUCUCAUCAAAUCUGCUCCAUCAAAUUUUUUACGCAGAAAUGCAAUACGCUUAACAUGGGGUAAUGAUCUUUGCUGGGGUGGACGUCGUGUCAUACAUCUUUUCCUUCUUGGUAAUGUCCCAUCUAAUAAUGAACGUUUAAAAUACAUAUUAAAAAAUGAGUCCUAUGUAUAUCAUGAUAUAAUUCAACAAGAUUUUCUUGAUCACUAUUAUAAUAGUACAUAUAAAAUUAUGUUUGGUAUUAAUUGGGCAGUAAAAUAUUGUUCAAAUGUCCCAAUUAUUAUGUUUGUUGAUGAUGAUUAUUUUAUCUAUCCAAAAAAUGUGGUUGCUUAUAUUGAAGGUUUAAGCACCGAGCUACGUAAACUUUUGAUCAGUGGUUAUGUUUGGUAUAAUGCUGGACCAGUUCGUAAGAAUAUCGGCAGUCACGAUAAGUGGUUGGUUGAUGACAAAGAAUAUGCUCCGCGUUAUUAUCCUCCAUAUGUGGCAGGGGGUAAUUUUUUUUUAUCAAUGAAUUUGGCACGUCAAUUAAAUAUAGCUAUGCGUUACACAAAAUAUCUUCGGUUUGAUGAUGUCUACCUUGGAAUAAUACUUAAGAAGUUAUUACAUGUGCCGAUGCAUUUAAAAAAAGUCUACACAUUCCACCCUGUAAAUUUAAAUUCAUCUGAGAUAUAUGAAAUGAUUUCUAGUCAUGGCUUUGGCAAAUCUGUUUCACAAUUCUUCUUAUGGGACCGCUUAAAAUGUUCAACAUUUUGUGUACACUCUAUUGUUUAAUUUACCAUUUGUUUUUCUUCUUUUAUACUAUUAGAACAAUACUUAUGACGUUUCUCUUCUUUUUUUCAAUCAUCCUUCCUGGAUCUAUCCAAUUAUCAGUCAAGAUAAAAUGGUAGACAGUUUUACAGGAAACUUUGUCAUUUUUAUUCGCCUUUUGUUGUUGUUGGAUUUCACCUGUCUUAAUCAUUUGUAUUCUAAUUGUGCAUACUUUUACUAUUAUCUGAUAUAUGAAACAAGAAAAUGUUCAUUCUUGAUAUUUACUCAAAUGCUCCCACUUAUCGUUACUAAUACUACUUUCGAUAAAAUUUCUGAUAGACUAAAUAUAUUUAUUGAUCAAAAUAAUUUAUACUUAACC